CGACAGCUUCUGCAUACUUUCUAACUACGCGUGCUGGUGGGUUAGUAUGGCGUUAGCUGCGUUAAAAAAAUGGCAAUUCAGAAGUUUGCCCAGGAACGUAUAGCACCAUUAGUUCGAUCAAUGGAUGAAAAUGGUUGUGUGGAUCAGUCUGUUCUGCUGGGACUUUUUGAACAAGGGUUGAUGGCUAUUGAGGUAGAAGAAGAAUAUGGCGGAACUGGUUCCUCUUUUUUUUCCUCCAUUUUGGCAAUUGAAGAACUAUCAAAGGUUGAUCCAGGAAUAGGUUUGUUUUGUGAUCUUCAGAACACUUUGAUCAAUACCUUAUUUCGAAGGUGUGGGAGUGAAGAGCAAAAGAAGAAAUACCUUCCAAGACUGGCAACAAACAUGGUUGGUAGUUUUUGCCUGUCUGAAGCUGGAUCGGGAAGUGAUGCCUUUGCCUUAAAAACAACUGCUGAAAAAAUAAAGGAUUAUUAUAUAAUAAAUGGAACGAAGAUGUGGAUUACCCAUGCUGAACAAGCUGGAGUAUUCCUAGUAAUGGCAAAUGCUAAUGUUUCUGCUGGUUACAGAGGCAUCACAUGCUUCAUUGUGGACAGAGAAACAGAAGGGCUGCAUAUAGGAAAAAAAGAAAAUAAAUUAGGAAUCAGAGCUUCUUCAACAUGUCCUGUCACUUUUGAGAAUGUCAAGGUCCAUGAAACUAACAUCCUAGGACAGUUGGGCCAUGGGUACAAGUAUGCUGCUGGAAUGCUGAAUGAAGGCAGAAUUGGCAUAGCUGCACAGAUGCUGGGACUGGCCCAAGGAUGUUUUGAUCACACAAUCCCCUAUACAAAGCAGAGAGUACAGUUUGGGAAAAGGAUUUUUGAUUUCCAGGGUAUGCAACACCAGAUAGCUCAAGUUGCCACACAAAUUGAGGCUGCACGGUUACUGACAUAUAAUGCAGCUAGACUCAGGGAAGCUGGAAAGCCUUUUGUCAAGGAAGCAAGCAUGGCAAAAUACUAUGCCUCAGAGGUUGCAACACUUACAGCAUCUAAAUGUAUGGAAUGGAUGGGAGGUGUUGGCUUCACAAAAGACUGUCCAAUUGAAAAGUACUUCAGAGACUGUAAGAUCGGUUCAAUAUAUGAGGGAACGUCAAACAUCCAAUUGAGUACAGUGGCCAAAUAUAUUGAUAAGGAAUAUUAAAGGUUUAAAAUUAAAGCAUAAAUGGUUAGCUUUGGCUUUUAAAGCUUACAUACUAUUUGUCAUCAUUUGCUUCUCUUAUGUGACAUCUAUAGAAAUUCUAGGUGAUUUUCUUCAGGAUUCAAAGUGUUUUAUCAUAUAGGUAAACAGAGAUGUUGAAUGAUCCAGACUCAAAUCUGGAAGCAUUUUAUCAGUUUGCCAAGUAACCUUCUGUUUUCUUUUAAACAAAUGACAUUCAUUAUAUUAUGACGACAUGGUUAAGAUUCUAUUUGUACAAUCUUAAUGUUUAUAUUUAAAUAUUUACAUAUACACAUUUGUAUUCAUUCCUGAUAGCACAUGGAGGCCAAGUAAUUUACUAGUUGUUUUAACAGUGAAGUAAAAUGUUAUUUCUGGAGUGUGGGUUUAACCUUUUUGUUUUCUUAAAGGUCAUGUGUUCUGUGGUUUGAAUUUAUAAGUACUCUACAAUGAAGAAAAUGCUGAACUGUGGUACUGUUUUUUUUUUUUUUUGCCUGAAACACUACAGUAGCAGGAAAUUUAUAGAUUGGGAGAGUGUUUUUGUUCUGAUUGCAUGCACUAAAAUAAAGCUUUUAUAUUUC